UCUUUUCGUUGCUUUUCUUUUCUUCUGUUGAAGUCAACCACAUAAGACAACUAUACAGAUUCGGCCUAGUUAAAGCCUUUUGAACCCCUCUCUAUCUGUCUGUCUCUGUCUCUCUCGGUGGUUCAAAUUCUCUUAGUGGGUGCUAAUGAGCUUGACGAUCUCUACAAAACUGUGGGUGUUUUAUUUGUUUUGUUUUGUUUUUUGGGGUAUGAGAUUUUAGUGUAAUUGGGGUCUCAAAUUGAGAAGUUUCUUUUUUGUCAAAAAUGUGGGAUUCAAAGAAUUGUUCUCAACAUCUCCUCUUUGUACUGUAAUGUUCCUUCUCAUGCAUUUGGUUUCCGAGCAUGGAGCUCAAGAAAAAAGAGAAGUCAGUGAGGUUUUAUCCUGAUGAACAACAAAAUCUUGAGCUCUCUUACUGGGAGAAAAAAGACACAACCCAACGUGCGGAACAGCCCUCGCCUGUGUACACAAUUUCGGCGCCAUUGUUGAACUUGAAAUCAGAAGGGGGAACCAAUGACAAGAAAAGAACAAAUGGGUCUUUCAAAUUUGGGAGAUUUAAGGUUUUCCCAGAAAAUCAUGAACCGUGGAGGAAGCGAAUUCUUGAUCCUGGAAGUGAGCUCUUCUCGCAAUGGAACAGGGUUUUCCUCUUCUCGUGCUUGGUGGCUCUGUUUGUUGAUCCAUUGUUUUUCUAUUUACCAUCUGUAGUGAACAGUGGUGAUUCAUCCUGUAUGUCAACUGAUUUGAAUUUGGGUAUUAGUGUGACCUGCUUUAGGACCAUGGCCGACAUGUUCUAUCUGUUGCAUAUGCUAAUUAAGUUUCGGACAGCUUACGUAUCGCCAAGCUCGAGAGUAUUCGGAAAGGGUGAACUUGUCAUGGACCCAAAAAUGAUUGCUAUGCGUUACUUGAGAUCAGACUUCUUCAUUGAUCUGAUUGCUGUGCUGCCUCUUCCUCAGAUUGUCAUAUGGUUUAUUAUACCAGCAAUAAGAAGCUCCCACACUGAUCACACCAACAAUGCUCUUGUACUGAUUGUUUUGCUCCAAUAUGUUCCCAGAUUAUAUUUAAUAUUUCCCUUAAGUACUAAGAUUGUCAAAGCUACCGGACUAGUCACGAAGACUGCUUGGGCUGGGGCUGCAUAUAAUCUCCUGCUGUAUAUGCUAGCUAGUCAUGUCUUAGGCGCCUCAUGGUAUCUCUUGUCAAUUGAACGGAAUGCAACAUGCUGGAAAUCUGUCUGCAGAAAUGAAUUUAGCCCUAUAAAGUGCCUUCCUCAUUUCUUGGAUUGCGAUACUCUGGAGAAUGAUGAUCGCAGGGCAUGGGCAAACAGUACUCUUGUAUUCUCUAGUUGUAAUCCUAAUAACAAUAUAGCUUUCAAUUAUGGAAUCUUUGAAAAUGCAAUACAAAAUGAGGCCAUCUCAUCAGAGUUUGUCCAGAAGUACUUGUAUUGCCUAUGGUGGGGCUUACAGAACUUAAGUUCAUAUGGACAGAACUUAUCUACUAGCACUUUUAUUGGGGAAACUUCAUUUGCCAUACUUAUUGCCAUCAUGGGUCUGGUUUUAUUUGCCCAUUUAAUUGGAAACAUGCAGACCUACCUGCAAUCUAUCACUGUGAGGCUGGAAGAGUGGAGGCUCAAACGGCGAGAUACUGAAGAGUGGAUGAAGCACCGCCAGCUCCCUCAAGAUUUACGAGAACGCGUUCGACGAUUUGUUCAAUACAAGUGGCUUGCAACCCGAGGGGUCGAUGAAGAGUCAAUCUUGUGUGCCUUACCGCCAGACCUCCGUCGAGAUAUCCAACGACACCUAUGCUUGGACCUUGUUCGACGUGUUCCAUUUUUCUCACAAAUGGAUGAUCAGUUACUUGAUGCCAUUUGUGAGCGCCUAGUGUCCUGUUUGAGUACUCAGGGCACUUGCAUAGUUCGUGAGGGCGAUCCUGUUACUGAAAUGCAUUUUGUUAUCAGAGGGAAACUAGAGAGCUCAACCACAAACGGAGGCCGGGUGGGUUUCUUCAAUUCAAUUACUUUGAGACCGGGCGACUUUUGUGGGGAAGAGCUACUGUCAUGGGCAUUGCUUCCAAAAUCUUCUCUCAACUUGCCUUCCUCCACAAGAACAGUGAGAGCCCUUGUUGAAGUGGAAGCCUUUGCAUUGCGAGCAGAAAAUCUCAAGUUUGUAGCCAAUCAAUUCAGGCGACUUCACAGUAAGAAAUUACAGCACACAUUCCGUUUCUACUCUCACCAUUGGAGGACAUGGGCAGCGUGCUUCAUUCAGGCUGCUUGGCGGCGAUACAAGAAGAAGAUGAUCACGAAGAACCUUAGCAUGAGAGAGUCAUUUGCUUUUCCUCUUGGUGAGCGAGUGGCUGAUGAAACUGCCCAAGAAGAGGAGGAGAGUAACUCUCAGACAAAACAGAACUUAGGGGUCACCAUACUGGCUUCAAGGUUUGCUGCAAACACAAGGAGAGGGGCUCAGAAGAUCAAGGAAGUUGGGAUGCCCAAGUUGCAGAAGCCUGAAGAACCGGACUUCUCGAUUGAACCAGAAGAGGAUUAGUUCAGCUGUGGUGUAAUACUGUGAAACAUGGAAAAAGAAAAAAAAAAUCUCUUAAGGGGAUAGUUGAUCACAUUCCAGGAGCAUGUACCAAAUUAAUACUCGUCGGGUAAUACUACAUUACUAUUGUUUCUACUGUUUCAGUAUCCUUCCACAAGUCUUAAUAUGUUUUCUUAUUUGUUUGAUCUUCAAUGUAUAGUCUCUUCUGUGUUCUUGUUUGUUGACAAGAGGAUUCAACUGUAGACUGUAGUUCUACAUAGUUCACAAUUCAAGGCAAUUCAUGAGCACUAAAGGAUUCAUGUA